AUGUCGUCAGGCCGAGCAGGUUUACCCCAUGCAGUGGAUGUGCCUGUGACUGAUAUGGAUGACCCAGAAGAUGAUGUUAUAUUCAACACCAAACAUCUGGCUCAGAGUACUCUACCUCCUGACUAUGAUCGCAAUCAAAAUUUGAACCAACAUGAUGUUCUUAGAAAUUUAGAUUACGAGACAAGUGACUCAACUCCACAAAAUACAAGUGUUUUUGAUAAGGUCAAAUCACUAUUUGUUAGCAGUGCAAAUACGGCAAAUAAUACAUAUGAGAUGUUGCUGCGGUCAGACUCUGCAGAGACACCCGACCAAGAUUGGCUAGAUGACCAUGACUUUAUUGAGCCGCCUAUAGAUUUAAGAGAUAGAAGGUUAAAACUUUUGGAAAAGAAAGUGAAAAAUCGAACAAUUGUUGGAGGUAUAACUUUAAUUAUGGUGGUUUUGGUGUUUCUAGUGCUAUAUCUAACAAAGAAGCAGAAUCUUCCAAUAAAUUCACAGCUGUCAAGUGGAGUUGUAAAGACGGUUUACUCCAAUUCGACACACAAUUUUUACAAGACUACAAUUGUUGUAUCUUUAGAUGGGUUCCACCCCCAUUAUAUUAGCAAAGAGGAUACACCCAAUCUUCAUGAAAUGCUCAUAAAUGAUUAUGGUGCACCCUACAUGGAACCGAGUUUUCCUUCUCUGACGUUUCCCAACCAUUGGACUUUGGUCACUGGGCUUUUUCCAUCGGAGCACGGUAUUGUGGGGAACACGUUUUGGGACCCCAAGUUGAAAAAGGAGUUUGUCAAUACAGAUCCAAAGAGGGGAGGAUUGGAUCCAGAUUUUUGGCGCGGUGGCGGUGAGCCCAUAUGGCAAACUGCAAAACUGCAAGGAGUCAAGUCAGCAGUACAUAUGUGGCCCGGCUCAGAGGUGCCUCACGUUGGGCCCGAAUUUGAUUUUGAUAAAUUCAACGGAUCUGAAGUCUUGUCUGCAAAAGUAGACCGAGUAAUGCAAUGGCUAGAUCGUGAUAUCAAGAGCCGUCCAGAAUUGAUCUUGACAUAUGUUCCCACUGUGGACACUUAUGGACACCAAUUUGGUAUAUCUGGACCCAACUUAACUGAGAGCUUGACGUAUGUUGAUAGUUUCGUUGCAUUGAUGAAUGCAGAAAUUAAGAAAAGAAACCUUGAGAAUAUCAUAAACUUGAUUGUUGUUAGUGAUCAUGGUAUGGCUCCCACAUCGAAAGAUAGAGUCUUGUACCUUGAUGACUUGGUUGAUCUUGAUGAAAUUGAACACAUUGAUGGCUGGCCAUUGUUUGGUUUAAGACCAAAGGGAGACUUGAAUGAAACCUACAAUAUCAUUAAAGCCAACUUUGAGAAAUUGGAUGCAAAGUUGACGCAGAACUAUCAUUUAUACAAAGUCGAAGAGUUUCCUAAACGAUUUCAAUUUGGUGGUCAAUUGCGAGACCACAGGUUUAAUUAUAGGUUGGCACCCAUAUGGCUAGUUCCGGAUGUUGGAUAUUCAAUAACAACACACCAGCAAAUGAAAGAUAAUGGUUUUGAAUACAAACCAAAAGGUGUUCAUGGGUACGACAACUCGCACUUGUUGAUGAGAGCAAUUUUCUUAGGUAAAGGUCCCUACUUUGAAGAAAAAUUGUCAAAGUCUAAAAAAAUACAACCUUUUGCAAACACAGAAGUAUACAACAUCAUUUGUGACACUCUAGACUUGUCGCCUGCACCAAACAAUGGGUCAAUACCUACAAAAGCAAUAUUUAGCAACAUUUUGCCUGAGACGUGGAGUGAUGACCUCACAUUCCCCAAUUUGCCUUUUGAAGUUGAUCAUAUUGUGCGCAAUAAUGCGACAUAUGACUUUUUAUGGAGGCUGGGUCGAAUCGAAAACCCGGAAGAUAAUGACAAAGGAAAUGAAGACUCACCACCGUCACCAACACCAUCACUGGUCACGAUUUCAUAUGGCAGCAGCGCUUUGGAUGUACCCACCUCUUUAAGGACUGUUACAACAGAAAAUGAAACUAACAAAGCUACAAGUACUGCACAUGCAGGCUUAGGUGAUAUAUUUGAGGAUAUUUUGGAUGGAAUUGAGGAUGGUCUAGAUGCUAUUGGUGAUAAGAUACAUGGAUUUAUUGAUGACACUUUCGGGGAAGAGUAA